AUGCAAGAUACAGAAUAUUUUGACGACUUAGCAGAAACUUUGACAUCUGACUUUUACAACCACUUGUUCUCAUAUUUCAUGACAUUAGAUAUUUCUAAGUUCAAUCCAAGACAAAUUCCACAUACCGAAGAAAGACAAACAUUGUUAGAAGCAAACAAGAGUGUUUAUGAACUGUUUAUAGAUGAGACUAACUUUGAGUGUUUAGAUGAAAGGUCAGUGUACGAUGAAUAUAAACAAUAUUGCCAAGAGUAUGGUUAUAUGACAGCGUCUAAACGAACAUUCUUGGCAAAUGUCAAAAAUCUUUUAGAUGUUCAGAACGGCGUAUAUACAAAGAAAAAUUUUUCUGAGUAA